AGAUGAAAGCAAAGCUUAUCUCUGAUUUAUUACUAAGACUAAGUGACGUUGAAGAAAGGCUCAGUUUAUAAGAAAAAAUAAACAAGGGGCAAGCCAUACUCAUUAGAUCGUUGAUAAAGGGAACGGAAAAAGUGACUAGCGUUGCAGAAAAGGGAGAGGAGAUGCCUAUUUUCGCUAAAGACCAUGGAAAACAUGGAAUAAAGAACUUUACUACAAUUACGAAAGACUUAGACAAAACUCAACCAAUCAAGAGUGCAUCUGCUACCGGACAAAGUGUAGUAAACAAGACACAUGGAUUGUUUCCGAAAUUACCACUAAAAAGAAUUCAGAAGAAGUCGUUUGAAGGUGCUGUUGCAUUCUUUUCAUCAACAACACACUCAGGUCUCGAAUAUAUGCAGACUGUAAUAUUUGACAAACUGAUAACAAACAUCGGUGGAAGCUACAACCAUCAUACAGGAAUCUUUACCUCCCCUGACCAUGGCGUAUACACCUUCUCCUGGACAUUUACCUGUAAAUACCUUAUAUCGCAAUUGGUUGUGAAUUCAAAUACUGUCCACUGAAUGUCCUGCAGCGCUGAGGAUAGUGGUUCCACGAGUCACACAAAUGUCGUUGUCAUAGAAAUAAACCAAGGCGAUGUAGUACACAUUCGUUUACAGCCCUUUCCCCUUAUUUCUUCGCUUGCAGAAUUUAACGCAGGGUCCUUUUGUGGAUGGAAGCUUCAUUAGUUACGAUUGUACAAGCAAAUUUAUCGAUCGAGCCCU